AUGAGCGCAACCGCGACGCCAACCAAGCGACGCGUCCUCGGCUCGCUGGACGCAAACGUCCAGAUGUCGCCGAGGUCGCCGGGGCUCGGUGCCAGCCCGCUCAAGAAGGCCAGCCGCGAGGCCAGCCGCGAGGCCAGCCUGAGCCUCUCCCGCCGCGCGAGCCCCUCCCCUCGCAAGCAGGCGUCAAGGGAGGGUGCCCCCAGGAAGAGGCCGCUGGAGGAGGCGUCGGCGGCGUUGCAGCAGCCGGCUGUCAAGAAGCUGUGCUCUGACGACGCGGCGGCUGCGGUCUCAGCCCCGGAGGCAAAUGCUACUGCUCCUGCUGCGGCCGCCUCAGGGAGACAGCAGACGGUGCAGAACAACGACGAGAACGACCCACCCGCGUCACAGCCUACCACGACUGGUGACCGAAGAUCCGUCUCCCCGGACGCGAGCUCACUCUUUGACGUCUCUGGCAUGAAUACGUCCCAGGAUACCACCAUCACGGAACCCGACAUCGACGCGCCCAUCACUGCUACUGCUACCGCCCCCGCCGCCUCUACCCUUCCCGCCGCUGCCCCUACAUCGUCCCUUCCAAACACCCUCGCCUCACCACCACCGCCGCAAACGCGUCGGAUCUCGACGCGCGAGGAGCUCAAACAGAAGACCGAGAUUCUCAAAUUAAGGCUCAGCCUGGCCAACUACAAGGUCCAGACAGGCCAGGUCGACGUACCCCUCGACAGGCUGCAGGUCCGGCCCGUGCCGGGCAUGACGCGCCGCAGAACACCGCUACCGUCCAUGUCAGCUCACACGGUGGAGAGGUCGACGCCGGCGCAGCAGUGGUACCGCCUCGCCAACGACCGCAAGACCACGGCGGCGGCAGCAGUCACAUCGCUGCCAUCGCAGGCGGGGAGGGAGGCCGGGAUGUCGCCGCCGCCGGACAAGCACGUCCUCCCGCGGCUGUCGUCGGCAUCCAUGUCCAUCGUCUCGACCCCCCGGCAUAGGCAGCGGGACGCCGACGAGGAGAGCCUGACGUCUAGUGCGCUCAGGGGCGGGGCGGCCAAGGGGCUGUUAAGCCUCUCGCAGGGGUCUGUCGGGCGGUGA